GUGAUCAUUGGACCCAACUCUUUGUAUAAUAUGUUAUCUCAAUGCACAAAAGUCAACAAAUUAUGAGAACAUAAUUAUUUAUUUUAUUCUGUUUUAGUAGUUAGUCAUGUGUGUUACAUGCGCCAUAAACAACAAAUUGUUGCAAGAGUUCGGUAGCAAAAAAUUAAAUGAAUAAUUUUACUUGGUUUUAUAAUAUUUAUGUUUGCAACGAAUGCUUUAAUUUUUGAAAUUUAAUAAAUGUUAUUUUUAACAGCUAACGAACAUAAUUUUAGUCAGUGCUAAAGAUGGCUAACCGAGAUGAUUUUUACAAUUAUUUAUUUAAAUACAUCGUAGUGGGUGAUGUCGGUGUAGGAAAAACAUGCAUAACCAGGCAGUUUCUUUAUCACGAAUUUGAUACUAAACAACUAACAACAAUUGGUGUAGAUUACGGACAUAAAACAUUACCAUUAUAUGGCAGAAAAAUAAAAAUAGCUAUUUGGGACACUGCUGGACAGGAAGCUUUCAAAUCAAUUGCUAGGUCGUAUUACACAGGUGCGGCAGCAUGCGUACUUGUGUAUAAUAUUACCAAUCGAGAUUCUUUUCUGCAUGUUAGUGAAUGGUUAAAGGAAGCUCGUCUCAACUCUGGUUCAAGAAUGUUAUUUGCUUUAGUCGGCAAUAAAACAGAUCUAGAAUUGAAUAGGCAAGUAGAUCGAGUUGAAGGAGAAACAUUUUCAUAUCGUAACAGCUUGUUGUUUUUUGAAACUUCAGCAAAAACCGCGAGCAACGUAUCAGAUGUUUUUGAAGAGUUGGCACGACAAUUGUAUAGGAAGGUGCUCAGUGGUGAAAUUGAUGUCAAUCGUCCAAUGUCAGGAGUGCGUCUUGGUCGAAAAAUGAGUAAGACAGAAAUGGUAAAAACACAUGCAAACGAUUGCUGCUCUUCUAAUUAAUUUUAAGUAUUUAAAAGUUUAUUUAAAAGCAAAAAACACUUAUAGAUUAUUUAAUAGAGGCCAAUCUUUAUAAAUUUUAUUAUAUUUGUAUAGUUUUCCUUAAAAAAUAUCUUUAAAAGAGUAUUUAUUUAUUUAUUUUUUAUUUAUUAAUGGGCAUACGCCCGAAUUGGGCUCAGAACAGUUUACAUAAUCAAUACAGGUAAGAUAAUAGAUAAGAAAUCAGAAUUACAAAUUUAAAUCAGUACAUACAGAAGUUAUUAUACAAUUAUUGAUAAACAAGGAUUUUAGAAAUAAAAAAUGACAUAAACUUAUACUAAUUCAAUUAAUUACAUAAACAUCUAUAAUUAUAUUAAUGAUUUUAACCUGGCUAAGUUAUCGUAAAAAAAAUCAAAAUUAUUUAUCGAGUUGCCUAAAAUUAACAUUCUGUUGAUCUGUAUGUUAAUGGAUACGAUUUAUUUCCUUAGUUUCCUCAAUGAUUAGCCACGACAACCAUAAUUAUGACUCCUUGAAAGUUUAAUUUAAAAAUAUUUGUUAAACAAUCAAAUUAAAUAUUUUGAUAUAUUCUGAUAAUUAUCAAAAUAUUAAUCAAUCAAAUGAAAAGGUAACUUAAACAAAAUUAUUCAUAUUAUCAUUGAAAAAUCAUAAUGUAUUAUCGAAUAAAAUGUUAACAUAUGGUUAUAUAACUAGGUGUACUUAAAUAUCUAUUC